UUAUUCCUGCCUGUGAAGAGCUGGAUAUGAGGCCCCAGUUCCUGCAACUCAUUUUUAAAUGCUGCUGAGGAGAACUGGGGAGGCCUUGCCUGCAAGCCACAGCAAAAGGAAGGAGCCUCAUAAAAAAGAAAAGGGAAUCUACGCCCACCUCAUAUCCGACAGAUGCAAGACCUUGUCUUUAUCUUAUAUCCACUCUAUGUUUUAAAGAGAAGGAGCCUUGCCCCCAGCCAGCUGGCCAAGAGGAAGGCGGGCGGCGAGGAGGAGGAGGCGGAGUGGCACCCCACAACGACUCGGAAGAGACAGAAGCCUGUCAGCGAGACAGAGAGGGGAGAAUGUUACAGGUCGCCUUUCCGCAAACCCUUGGUUCAGUUGACCAACAGACCUCACUGCCUGGAUAGCACUCAACAUGAGGCUUUUAUCCGCAGCAUUUUGUCCAAACCCUUCAAAGUCCCCAUUCCAAAUUAUAAAGGGCCGCUGGGCUUGCGUGCGCUGGGUAUCAAACGGGCAGGGCUGAGGAGUCCUCUCCAUGACCCCUUUGAGGAAGGAGCUCUGGUUCUGUAUGAGCCCCCGCUGCUGAGUGCCCAUGACCAGCUGAAAAUAGACAAGGACAAAGCACCUGUCCAUGUUGUGGUGGAUCCUGUCCUCAGCCGUGUUUUACGGCCCCAUCAGAGAGAAGGAGUGAAAUUCCUCUGGGAAUGUGUGACAAGUCGGCGGAUCCCCGGGAGCCACGGCUGUAUCAUGGCAGAUGAAAUGGGGCUGGGCAAAACCCUGCAGUGCAUCACACUCAUGUGGACCCUUCUCCGGCAAAGUCCAGACUGCAAGCCUGAAAUUGAGAAAGCUAUGGUGGUGUCUCCCUCCAGCCUGGUGAGAAACUGGUACAAUGAAGUAGAGAAAUGGCUGGGGGGAAGGAUCCAGCCACUGGCCAUUGAUGGAGGCUCCAAAGAAGAGAUUGACCGUAAACUAGUUGGCUUUAUGAACCAGCAUGGCCUGCGAGUGCCUUCACCUAUCCUGAUCAUCUCCUAUGAGACCUUCCGACUCCAUGCUGAGGCAUUACAGAAGGGCAGUGUUGGGCUUGUCAUCUGUGAUGAGGGCCAUAGGCUGAAGAACUCUGAAAACCAAACAUACCAGGCUCUCAACAGCUUAAACACACCUCGCCGAGUCCUUAUCUCCGGCACCCCCAUUCAGAAUGACCUGCUUGAAUAUUUCAGCCUGGUGCACUUUGUCAACUCAGGUAUCCUAGGGACUGCACAGGAAUUUAAAAGACAUUUUGAAAUUCCCAUCUUGAAAGGCAGAGAUGCAGAUGCAAGUGAAGCUGAGCGACACAAAGGAGAAGAGAGGCUUAAAGAGCUGAUCAGCAUUGUGAACAGGUGUUUAAUCCGCAGAACUUCAGAUAUCCUGUCCAAAUACCUGCCGGUGAAGAUUGAGCAGGUGGUCUGCUGCAGACUCACACCUCUGCAGGCUGAGCUGUACAAGAACUUCCUGAAACAAGCCAAGCCAGUGGAAGAGCUGAAGGAGGGCAAAAUCAGUGUGUCCUCUCUCUCUUCCAUCACUUCCUUGAAGAAGCUCUGCAAUCACCCUGCUCUUAUCCAUGAUAAGUGUGUGGAAGAGGAAGAAGGUUUUAUGGGAGCCCUGGACUUGUUCCCUGCUGGCUACAGCACCAAGUCUGUGGAGCCCCAGCUUUCAGGAAAGAUGCUGGUCCUGGACUACAUCCUUGCUGUUACGAAAAGCACCAGUAAUGACAAGGUGGUUUUAGUAUCUAACUACACGCAGACACUCGACCUAUUUGAAAAGCUCUGCAGGAACAGAAGGUAUUUGUACGUCCGGCUGGACGGCACCAUGUCCAUUAAAAAGAGAGCAAAGAUUGUGGAGAGAUUCAACAGCCCCUCGAGCCCUGAGUUUAUCUUCAUGUUAAGCAGCAAAGCAGGUGGCUGUGGUUUGAAUCUGAUCGGGGCUAACAGGCUGGUUAUGUUCGAUCCAGACUGGAACCCGGCUAACGAUGAGCAGGCCAUGGCUCGCGUGUGGCGGGACGGCCAGAAGAAGACCUGCUACAUCUAUCGACUGCUUUCAACAGGGACCAUAGAGGAGAAGAUAUUCCAACGCCAGACCCACAAGAAAGCCCUCAGCAGCUGUGUGGUGGAUGAGGAGCAGGAUGUAGAAAGGCACUUCUCACUUGGGGAGUUGAAGGAGCUCUUCACAUUGAAUGAGACCACCAGCAGUGACACCCAUGACAAGAUCAAGUGUCGCCGAUGUGUGAACGGCCACCAGGUGCGGCCCCCUCCUGAGGGGUCUGACUGUACCUCUGACCUCUCCCAGUGGAACCACUGUGCCGACAAACGGGGGCUGCAGGACUCCGUGCUGAAGGCUGCCUGGGAUGCUGCUGUCACCUUCACCUUUCACCAUCACUCCCACGAGGAGCAGCGAGGGAUUCCCUGACAGGUUACUGUCCCCUGUGGGGGCAACGGCAGGCUGCUGCUGCAGCUGCAGCCCACACCGCUUUAAUCCCUUUCAAGGAAAGGAGAAGUAGGUAUCAGUACAUGCUGGACUGCUGUGUGGCUGUAGGACAGUAGAACAGCAUGGUUUCUGAGGGGCUGGAAGGCCCUUGGCAUUGGUUAGUGUCUGCAGCAGCAAGAAGUCUGUGGCUUUUUCUGUGCUGUGUUGUAUUGUGUGCCUGAAAAACAGCCCUUUGGGAACUGGGAACAGUGGAUGUGUGAUGAGAUUCAGCACUGGUUCUUAGGUUGUUCGUGUCUGUGCCUCCUACUCAGCCAAGUUUUGUCUUCAGUUUGAGUUAAGCCUGCAGUUUUAUAGCACUUGAUGUAUGCAACCUCGAUUUAUUCCUUGACAGCUCUGGCUUACAGCUGCUGCUCAGAAACCUGCAGGAUCCAUUUCUGUUGUGAAGUGUGAACCUUGCUGAUUACUCAGGAACAAGAGGAUUUGCACAAGAGAAAUAAAAUAAUUCAGCUUGGAUGUUGAACAUCUGGUCAGAAAGAUCAUGCAGGCAGUUAGAAAUCAGGCACUGAGGUAACUCCCUUUCUAAACCCACUUGCUUUGUUGUGGGCAGGAUCCCCUGAUCUAGCAGAGUGUUUUAAUUAGAUCCCAUUACAAGCCAGUAAUAAAAUUCACACUUUGGUGCAUUACAGGUCUUAAUUAUAUUUUUAUUAUCAAAAUGUUACAAAAGAACAAACCCUUCAAGACUGCAGACAGUGGAGAGAGGCAACAGGACUGCAAAUAAACAGCAGGCCACUUGGUACAGAAGGAGUUAGUUCAUUGGUUUGUGUUUGUUUG